GGAAAAGGCGCGGCCGCCCCUCCCCUCAGCGCAGCCGGCAGCAACAUGGCCGCGCUGGCCACGGCCCUGGCGGCGGCCGCCGGGCAGCAACAGAAUGAGGGCUGUUCCAGCGCUGCAGGUGCUGGUCUACAAUUUCAGAACUGGAAGAUGAAAGCUGAGCCAGCUAAGAAAGUUGAAUUCAUAAGAAGUGCAGAAAAGCUAAAAGCUCAGCUUGCAAGUAUAGAAAAAGAUAAAAGUGGACUUCUUUAUAAUAGGAAGAGUGAUUUCAGGGUAGAAUACAGAAUACUAGAGGAUCUGGAACGCAGCAUGACUGUCAGCAGAAAAACGGAAAAAGCUAAAAUCCUGCAGCAGCUAUCAAAAAUACAAAACAAUGUGAAGAGACUUCAGCAACAAUUAAAGGAUGUGAAGCCUACACCAGAAUUUGUUGACAAGCUCAAGGAAAUGAUGGAAGAAAUUGAAAAUGCAAUCAAUGCUUUUAAAGAGGAACAGAGGCAAAUAUAUGAACAGCUUUUGAAAGAGGAAAAAGCUACCAUUAAUGAGCUCAAUCUCUUUGAGAGAAAAGUGGAACUGUGGGCAUUAGGCAGCUUAACAACAGAAAAAGUUUUGAAAUUACCAUCAGCCAGGGUUACAGUUGAUAAAACACUGGAAAAUCAUCUACCCAAAGAAGUAGUAGAGUUUGAAAGAUUCCUUCAGCAAACAGGAGGGCGGCAAGGAGGCUGGGAUGAUUAUGAUCAUCAAAAUUUUCUGAAAGUACGGACGAAAUACAGAGGAAGGCUGUCUUACAUGGAUAAAGCCCUUCAGUAUCUUGGUGGAAGAACAAAAGAAGAUAUUGAACAGCAUGACAAAUGGUAUCAAGAAUUUCUAAUUUUACAUGAAAGAAAGAAAGAGUCAAUUAAGAAGUGGAAAGAAAAGCAGCAGGAAGAAAAAGAAAGAAACUUGAAGGAGAAAGAGAGAUCAGAAAAAAUGCUCAAGCAAAAAUGGCGACAGCAUGAAGAAGCGCAGAAGCAAAAAGCAGAAGAAGAAAGAAAAAGAAAACAAGCAGCAGUUGAAGCAUGGAAGAAACAGAAAGCAACAGCAUUUGCAAUGGAACAAGCAUCACAACUGAAACAAGAAGAGAGAGAGAAAAGGCAGGAAAAAGAGCGCCAAUGCCACGUGAAGUUACUGUUGGAAAGGAAUACCUUGCAGAAGAAAGUAAAGGAGGAACUUGAAAAGCUUGAAAUUGAGAAGAGAGAGGAAGCUGAAAAGGAGGAAGGGAAGAAGAUUGCUGCAGAAAAAAUUUCUAGGUUUCAAGAGCGUGAUCUACAUAAACUGGAGCUAAGGGUUUUGCAGAAACAAGCUAAAGAAAUAGAGGAACAAGAAAAAGAAAAAAAGUUGGCAAAGUUGAGAGAGAAGGUCGAGAUUCAGGUAACCAGAGACCGAUCCGAGUUGCAUAAAGCUACUACCAAGGGCUGGGAAGAACGUAGGAAGGAGAUGGCACCAGCAGCUUCAGAACCACUGUUACGUGUUACUCACAGGGCUGUCCCAGCCUGGAGAGGAGGGCUAUAGCUGCGCCCCAGCCUGUCCCCGCCGUAAGAGGAAGCAGCAGCCAGCACUUUUCGGAAGCCAGCACAGUUGGCUUGACACAUGACGUGUAUUCCCUUUGUAUUUUCAGAGUGUCGGGUUGGGAAUGCCGCCUGUGGGACCGGCCGGGCGUGAUGUCCCUUGGCAUUAAAAGCACGUUUCCCCAGAGCUGCCUGGGACAAUCCCUUCGGGGUGGGGUGGGGUGGGUCGUCGCACUGGCUCCCGCCCUUUUCUUUCCCCUUCCGCUUUGCCCCUUCCCCUGUUCUCCUCUUUCGUCUUCCCCUUUCCCUGUUCCCUUCCCUUUCCCCGCCCCGGGGCGGGUCCCGCGGGUGACGCGGUCCGGGCGCGCCGGGCGCGGGCAGCGGCGGCGGGAUGGAGAUGGCGGCGGCGCCGUGCGCGGGGGAGCCGGAGCGGCUGGAGUUCCUGCGGGAUCGGCACGUGCGCUUCUUCCAGCGCUGCCUCCAGAUCCUGCCCGAGCGCUACUCGUCCCUGGAGACCAGCAGGUUGACAAUUGCAUUUUUCGCGCUCUCUGGUCUGGAUAUGUUGGAUUCCUUAGAUGUGGUGAACAAAGAUGAUAUAAUAGAAUGGAUUUAUUCCCUGCAGGUCCUUCCCACUGAAGACAGAUCAAACUUGCAUCGCUGUGGAUUCAGAGGCUCUUCAUAUUUAGGGAUGCCAUUCAAUCCCUCCAAGGGUCCAGGUGUAUCUCAUCCCUAUGAUAGUGGGCACAUAGCAAUGACUUACACAGGUCUAUCGUGUCUGGUUAUUCUUGGAGAUGAUUUAAGUCGAGUAAAUAAAGAUGCCAUACUGACAGGACUGAGAGCUCUCCAGCUGGAGGAUGGAAGUUUCUGUGCUGUGCUAGAAGGAAGUGAGAAUGAUAUGAGGUUUGUGUACUGUGCUUCCUGUAUCUGCUACAUGCUCGAUAACUGGUCAGGCAUGGAUAUGAAGAAAGCUAUAGACUACAUCAGAAGAAGUAUGUCUUAUGAUAACGGCCUGGCCCAGGGAGCUGGACUGGAAUCUCAUGGUGGCUCUACAUUUUGUGGUAUUGCAUCGCUGUGUUUGAUGGGUAAACUGGAAGAAGUUUUUUCAGAAAAAGAACUGAACAGAAUAAGAAGAUGGUGUAUAAUGAGACAACAGAAUGGCUACCAUGGACGACCCAACAAACCUGUAGACACUUGCUAUUCUUUCUGGGUGGGAGCAACAUUGAAGCUCUUGAACAUAUUCCAAUAUACAAAUUUUGAGAAAAACCGAAAUUACAUCCUGUCAACUCAAGAUCGCCUUGUUGGUGGAUUUGCCAAGUGGCCAGAUAGCCAUCCAGAUGCUUUACAUGCCUACUUUGGGAUCUGUGGUUUGUCAUUAAUUGGAGAAUCUGGUAUUUGCAAAGUUCAUCCUGCCCUGAAUGUAAGCACAAGAACCUCAGAGCGCCUUCACCACCUUCAUCAGAUCUGGAAAACACGGACUUUAAACAGUGUUCAGACAACACACACUUCUUUAUGUGACUGAUUUAGACUUGAAUUUAGUUCUGGUAGCAUAAUUGUAGCCCAGGGUUAAAAGCCAUGUAUAACCAAUGUGCUCUUUUAAGUGCUGGAGUCAUACAAUCAGAUCUGUGUUGCUGGCAUCACUUCAGUAGGGAGUUGCCUUCAGCAGGUUAUUCUGCAUUGUGAAAAAAGGAGAUAUUUUGAUUAUAUAGAAGUUUGUCACCGCAGACUGUAAAUGGCUUUUCAAAUGGCUUUACUUCUAGGAAAUCCCUUGAGGCGUUUAAACUUCAUUUCAAGUUUAUUUUUUUAAAUUUGUGCAUACUGUGUCAAAAUAUAUAAUGGGGAAAUAUUUUCAAAAUCUGUUUACAUAUCGUGCAGUAUAGCACAGAACCUUGGAGUUCUUUAUGAUCUUACUAUUUGACAUAUUUUGGCUAGAGAAUCUUCCAUAUUAAGUCUCAGUUAAAAAUUACCUUUUAUCAUAAACUUUCAGAUUCCAUAAACUUUCUUCUAAAAAACAAACGAAUUAAAUAAAAAUAAAAUUAUUUUAUUCAA